AUGAGCUCGGCGUCGACUGAUAAUGCCGUCAAUGGCCCUGUAACCACUACUGUUGUAUCUUCCAGGCAAAAAAGAUCACGUCAUAAUACCAAUGCUGAGGCUGGCCCGUCGAACUCGAAACGGCCAAGAACUGACUCUACUUUCGAUGAUCUCUACGGCAACAACGGAGUUCCAAGCAAUCAGCCCGAGCGAGGAGAACCGAAGGGUCACUUGGUUGUGGAUAUAAUGGAGAGAGCGCAGGAUGUUCCGGAAGCCGAAUGGUUUAGAAGGGUUGAAGUUAAAGCGAGAUUAGAGGUGUUCAAGUUGCAAUUAGCGGGAAAGGCCCAGAGCGGACCAGCGGUCAUACAUCGGAACGGGAGGUCGAUGAAGAUACCCUGGACCAAGGAUGAGACUGUAAAGCCGCCGCCGAUGAUAUUCAAGCUAGAGCCACAAGAUACGAAUGCGACCCCACAUCUUGAUGUGGCCCAACCUCCGAUUCCCAUGCUGGACAACUACGACGAGGAUAUUCCAGGUCUUACUGCAACCAAUUCGACUGCUAUCGCGUCUACUUCUGGGCUGGCGGAGCCACUUGACAAGCGAGUAGACGCUGGGUCUGCCGUCGGCGUCGGCGUCCCCCCGGUCGCAACAAUAGCUAAUCUUGACUCGUCAGACAUGGAGAUAGACUCAGAGGUUGACGAAUUGGCCAACGACGAUGAAGGCCGUCGAUUCGUUACGCCGACAUGUCGAACCACGAUAGCAGAGGCUCCGCCACCAUUACCGUUUCUCACUGCACCUGCACAAGCCGUACUGCAGAAGCCGUCUUCUUCUUGUGCGCCACACCUGGAUCAUUCACGUAGGCGAUCAGGAACGAUGGCACUUCCUCGACCAUCCCAGGGUUACCACAACGCGAUGAAGCCGUCCUCUUCGUGUGCGCCACACCUAGACCAUCCACGUAGACUCUCAGAGGAGACGGUAAUCCCUCGACCAUCUCAUGAUCACGACAACGCAAUUGCUUCGUCCUCAGCCCCUGAUGUCCUUCGUGUGGCACCGUCUAACACACUCUCGCCACCCCAACGCCGCCUCAAUUCAUCGGGUCCAACAGUUCCACCUAUGGCUCUCGAUGCCCACCAGAGAAGGAACCCGAACGAAAGGAUUACCCACCCUCUUCCUGCGCGGCCAUCCACCGUCGCUUCCAGUCCACGCGAUCCAUCUCGCAAGACGAGUGCUCCUGGUCAUAUUUUUGGGUCUGGUUGUCCCGACCUUCCUUCAACUUCAGGCGCCUCUUCGUCCGCUAUGCCACCACCCGUCCUGCACACAAAUAACAAUUUUAUCCGUCGUACGGUUUCCACGAGCUCAUCCGGAUUUCGCAAUAAGAUCCCAAUCGCAAUCCCUAUUCCUGGUUCGCCUGGGUCAUCGUCGAACAGUCGCUCCACGUCCGCGCACCGCAGACGAACGCCUCCUCCAAGCCCCAAAUCGACACUCAAAUCUACAACGGACGCGUCAUCCUCGCGUGGCCCUGAGCCUCCCGGUCUAGAUGCGUCUCCAGAGACUAUCAUGCGCUAUGUCAAUUCGAUGUCCCUGGACGAGAUCAAUGCGAAUGAACAUAUGCGAGACCGCCAAACGCCUCAGCAGGGGUCUUCCCAGGCCAAGGGCAAGAAACGUGCCGAUAGCGAGUACUCGUCCGUUUCGGAGUCGGCAACAUCCUCGUCUUCAUCAUCAUCUGAGGAAGAGUCUGAUAGAGAACUUCCACGACCUAUCUCUCCGCCGCAGAGGUCACCACAGAAGGGGAGAGCACAGUCUGCGAGUUCAUCAUCAAACUCAUCCAGCUCGGAGGACGACCGAGACGAACCCAUCCGACCGCCGAAAUCGAAGCCAGAACGACGUGUCAUCAUGUCCUCGCCUCCUGUAGAGCAGACUCUUUCCGCAAGAGCGAAAGGCAAACGACGCGCCGUCUCUGACUCGUCCUCCAGCUCCUCCGACUCCGAAGAUGAGCCCACGCGUGGACAAUCUCGGUCUUGGUCGAAGGGUAAGGACAAGGCGGCAAAUGCGGACGUCAUCGAGAUCAGCUCUGGUUCUAACACCGAGUCAAGCUCGAGCUCUGAUUCUGACGCUGCCCAAAUCGCCCAUCCUAAAUCUGCUGCACGCCCUCUUCAUCGCUUCGACUUGAUCCUCCAAAACCCGAGAGGCCUCGCCCGACCUGCCGGUCCUCCAGCCCCAGCUGGCGCCGCUUUAGCUAUACCCCCUGCGAGAGGCAAACGAAGAGACUACUCGACUCCAAUCCCGGAAGUUCCGCAUGGUCGUGCACGAUCCUUACUCGUUCCACACUCGAACAGUUUGCCGCUUAUGGCGGUCGACAUAAAGGGGAGGUUCAACUUUUUGGCCAAGAAGAAGCAGAAGUUCAAGCUCAUUGAGCCCUUCAAAAAUAACGUCAUGCCACAGGACGACAUCACCCGUCGUGUCUCCUCGUCCACUAUCCUUGACGACGUAGCCAUUGUCGGGUUCGAGUUCCCGCGGGCUUAUAAGGCCAAGAAGGGUAUACAGGUCACACUCUGUCCUUUGGAUGUGUGUAAUGGGUAUGGUAAGAUCUUAGACGCACAGGGAGACACGAGAGACUCGGAGGAAACAUGCAGGAACAGGCUCAGGAAGCUUCGUCCGGAGCGGUAUGAUUUGACGCCGUAUCUUAAGGAAGGUGUACACGCUCUGGCAGGCGUACACUCGGGCGAUGGUAAAAUCAAGUUCUUGAGCGGUGGGGAGGACGGAUCGGUGCAUCUGUGGCGCGUCACGUCGAGUGGUACUGAGGAUGAGGCUGGGGCUGAGCAAGGAGUCAGAUACAAGGCUUCGAGGCCGAGACGGUUAGGGUUGAAGCAUAAAUCGGUGGUCAUCGCACUGGAAUAUAGGCAGCGAGAUUCCUCGAUCUUCUCGUGCGCGGGGAGAAAUCUUUGGCAGUGGGAUUUGGAGGGCGAUCAGGCGAUGCAGCAGCAAAAAGUGUCGAAUGACAUUUAUUGGAUUCAUACUGCGACCAAAAAUUUUGUUGUGCUAGAGGCUCAACAUAAAUAUCGCCAAAUAACUAUAUACGACACCCGCACCUCAUUCAAUCGCGAGCCAGACGCAGAGUUCGGAUAUACCUACGUGCGAAAGACCAAUCCGAAAACUGGCGUCCCUAAAUCCGAAGAAACACGUUUCGUCCAUGGCGCUGUGGAUCCGAGUGGGAAUUACUUUGUCAGAGGCUUCCAGGAUGGAGUUGUGAAGUUGUGGGACUUUAGGAAGACGAAGGACGUGGUGGAGACGUAUAUCGGGUCAGCCCACGAGGAGAUCGUACACACGACCUUCGCGGACGGAUACGUCGCAGCUUAUGGCGAUACUUCGGUCGAUUUUUGGUCGGUCAAUCGAUGA